AUGGCAUCCCAGGCACAGUGUUUUUACUGUUUCGAGACUCUAGCCUCUUCGUUCAAGGACGAAGAACCGCCUAGUCUCGCUGCGAUAGACGAUUUGUGGUUGCAGUACAACCAAGCCAAGCAACUGGCUGCUGUGAUUGAUAAAACUGCCGUUGCUGAGGACAAUGAUGAUAAUACUGAGACCAAUGACGAGGAAACCAAAACCAGCGAAGACAUGCGUCCCCAUGCCGUCAAACUGCCCUCCAUAUCGCGGCUUCAACAACAAAACAGUUCAUCUGAUUCAUCGAGCAUCUCGACAACACCUUCCUCAUUGUCGGCUAAUUCGUCGCACUCGGCACUGUCAAAAAGUACAACGGUGACAACGCCGGGAGAGUACCAAGGCUCCCACCGAAGCAAGGAGUCUUACCCGCUGUUCGUCACAUGGAACCUGAUAUCGAAACAUGGACACAAGUCUCUUCGUGGUUGUAUUGGCACUUUUGAAGAACAGGAACUCUCUUUCGGCUUGAAAACCUAUGCGCUCACUUCUGCUUUUGACGAUACUCGGUUCUCUCCCAUCCCAUCCUCGCAAAUGCCGUCAUUAUCGUGUUCCUUGACCCUGCUCAGUGACUUUGAACCAUGUACAGACGCAAUGGAUUGGGAAUUGGGCUUGCAUGGGCUGCGGAUUUCCUUCAUCCACCGAAGUCGGCGAUACGGCGCCACAUACCUGCCAGAUGUCGCCGUCGAACAAGGUUGGACAAAGGAAGAGACUGUCGAGAGCUUAAUGCGCAAAGCUGGGUGGGAUGGAAAUAGCAGUGGAGGCGUAGCGAGAAGACUACUUAGAGGCAGUAGUGCCGCUGUCUCUGGCGGCAGCAGCAGCAGCAGUGGGAAACCGUGGGAUCAAGUAUCUGACUUCAGGGCCACGCGCUAUCAGGGUCUCCAAGCAUCUGCCAGCUAUACCGAAUGGCAAGAAUGGAGGAAAUGGGUUCAAGCUGACGAAGCAAGACUAGCGAUGCUUCGAUCAUGA